GGUCUCUGGAGGCGGGCGAGGGCAAGAGGGGCGAAUCCUCCCUCGCCGUGGGCGGGUCGAGCGGCUCUCUCGAUGCGGCCCCUCGUGCUCGCUCUGGCGCUGCUUCUGCGCGGCGUUUGCAGCGGGCGUCUGGGGGGCCCUGCAACUCAGCUAACGCAGCAACUCCAGGCCAUCCAGGAGGGCGUGGAGAAGGUCGGCGAUGAAGACCAGAAGGCGCACGAAAAGCUGGCGUGCUGGUGCAAAACGAAGCUGGAGGAGAAGGAGCGGGCGGUGGAGGACGCCAAGGAGCAGCUUUCCAGUCUCCAGAGCACCAUCGAGGCGCAGACAGCAGAGAUCUCGCACCUCGAGGCCGAGCUGAAGCAGCACACGGAGGAUAUCGGCGAGAACGUCGAUUCCCUGAACGAGGCCAAAGCCAUCCGUGACAAGACCUCGAGCCAGUUCGCCAAGGACGAGGCGAACCACGUGGCGAACCUAGACGCCCUCGACAGCGCGAUGAAGGCGAUCGCGAAGGGCAGCGGCAUCAGCACCGCGCUCGUGGUGGUCCGGCAGGUCGCGCGGAGAACGUCGCAGGAGCAGAGGGCGCGCACCACGGCACGCGCCGCUCUGCUGCGCGAGGGGGGCACGCUCGACGCGGCCUCCUCCCCGGAGGUGGUCUACGGGGUGCUGAAGCGCAUGCACGCAACUUUCACCAACGACCUGGAGGGCAUGCGGGCGGACGCGAGCGACACGGUGAGGCGCCACGAGGAGCUGGUCAGGGUGAAGGCGAAGAUGGUCCACACGCUGCAGGAGCAGCUGGAGAGCAAGAAGAUGAGGGCAGCGAGCGCCAAGGUGCAGGUCACGCAGCGGCAGGCGCAGCUGGACAAGUCCCAGGAGCUUCUACAGGUGGGCACGCGGCUCGUGGCCGCAAUGAGCGAGCUCUGCAGCGGAGACGGCGAGGCGUUCGACAAUCGCCAGAGCCUGCGGCAGGAGGAGCUGCGCGCUCUGGCCGACGCGAGGGCGGAGCAGGCGCGCGUCGGCCUCCUGCAGGGGAGCUCCCGCCGCGGCCUCGCGGGCCUGGACCCCGCGGCGGAGGAGCUAUGCGUUGCCGCGCUGGGUGUCGCCGAGGCCAAUUGGCGGGAGAGGGCCAAGGCCGCGUGCGAGAAGGCGCGUGCUGGCAGGCCUCAGGACGCGGCCGACGACAUCAGCCAGCUCCAGGGCGAGAUCGACGAGGCGUCGAAGGCCGCCGCCAGCGAGAGGGAGAAGUGCCAGGCGUCCCUGCAGGACGCGAAGGCCGAGGCCGAUCAGAGAGAGAGGGACGAGUCCGUCGCCCGCGAGUCGCUCGGCAGCGACAUGUCUGACCUGGACGAGCAGAUCGCAGACGUGAGCGGGCAGGCUUCCAGUUCGGACAAGGCC